GGCCGGGUGGGAGACAGGAGCUGCCCCCGGCCUACGGGGGCUGGUGGUGGACUUGAAAGAGCACAUCCCACACGGUGGGACUUGCCUUUCAGCCUUUGCCACCUUUGGGUGCAGGUACUUCUCGAUGUGUCUCUUCCAAUUUACCGCCAGAAGGCUGGUUUCCCAAGCGCACUGUGGGCUUAAGGCUUCGUCGGCAAAGAGACAGAAGUUUUGCUUGGAAAUGGCUCGUCCUAGUUCAAAUAUGGCUGAUUUUCGAGAAGUGUUUGCCAAGGCGAAGCACAUUGCCAUUAUCACAGGAGCCGGGGUCAGUGCGGAGAGUGGCGUUCCUACCUUCAGGGGGGCUGGAGGUUUCUGGAGAAAGUGGCAAGCCCAGGAGCUGGCUACUCCCGGGGCUUUUGCGCGAAACCCUUCUCGUGUGUGGGAAUUUUACCACUACCGACGGGAAGUGAUGUUGAGUAAACAUCCAAAUCCAGCACAUAUUGCCAUUGCAGAGUGUGAAAAGCGUCUGAGCAAGCAAGGAAGGAGCGUUGUGGUCAUUACUCAGAAUAUUGAUGAACUGCACAGGAAGGCAGGCACAAAGCACCUCUUAGAAAUUCAUGGUAGUUUAUUUAAAACUCGGUGCACCAGCUGUGGAAACGUAGCUGCGAAUUACAAGAGCCCCAUAUGCCCUGCGUUGGCCGGGAAAGGAGCUCCAGAUCCUGAAACAGCAGAUGCUGCGAUUCCAGUUGAAGACCUUCCUCAGUGUGAGGAAGAUGGCUGCAAUGGGCUCCUGCGUCCUCAUGUCGUGUGGUUUGGUGAAGCCCUGGAUCCUGAUGUUCUCACAGCAGUCGAGAAGGAGCUUGAUAUUUGUGACCUCUGCUUGGUAGUCGGGACCUCCUCCGUGGUUUAUCCUGCAGCCAUGUUUGCCCCUCAGGUCUCUGCCAGAGGAGUACCAGUGGCAGAAUUUAACAUGGAAGCUACUCCUGCCACAAACAGAUUCAGGUUUCACUUCCCGGGCCCCUGCGGGACCACGCUGCCGCCGGCGCUGGCGCGACACGAGACCGAGAUCAUCUCCUGAGCUCCGGGAGCGGCCCGACGGGACCAACGCGGCGGAGGCACGGCGGGCGGGGAGGGAGCGGGCGG